UGAUUGCUGUGAUCCAUCAUUUUGAAAGAGAUGCAAAAAGUUACACUCUGAUGUUCAAGUAAUGCAAAUAGGGUCAUGACAUAAUCUGCACGGGGAGAAAUCACAAUGAGCAUUCUCUAAAUUUGAAACGGGCCCAUUACUGUUCUUGCGUUAUGUUAUUGACCUGGCAUUUAUUAGAAUCAGAAUGCAGAAUUGUUUCUUUUGCAAAGAGCAUACAAACAUAGUCGGGCUGAGCAAAGAAGCAUCAACACAGAAAAAAAUGAUCUUAAAGCUCUAACAUAUUUUUCAUGAGUGGACUAGUUUUAAAUUUUGGAAAAGAAGCACCUUUUCCAGUUAUGUAUCAUAAAAGUACCUCACUUAUUGUUAAUGUAGCUUACCAACAAAAAAGGGUGGAUAGAUCAAAAUUCUUAGUGUGCAUAUUAAUGAAAGCUUAAACUCAAAAAACAUGUUAAAACAUUUAGUUUCAGGUACUCAUUCUGAAAGAAGAAUUGACAACUUUGGGAACAUAGAAAUCGAGAGUACUAGUGCCACAAGGGAAGAACAGUGUCUGUACGCAGUGAAAAGCCCAAAUUAUUACAAUAAACACUUGCGUGCAGAAGCACUCGAAAGAGUUGCAAGUGCCGUGUGCGUUGUUCGACCAUACACGACGAGCAAGGAGUGCUACAGCAAAAUGCACAAUCUACAAACUCAAUUUAAAGUGGAGCACGCCAAAGUAAAAUCAACGAAAAGCAGUGGCGCUGGGAUGAACGACAUAUACAAACCAUCUUUAUGGUAUUACGAGAAGUUAAUGUUUUUGGCGGAUCAUUGCUUACCACGAAAAAGUACAGCCAUAGGCCUGACUCAACAUUCAAUGACUGAGGACAAUGAAAGUGAAGAGACAUGCAGUCUCUCUUCUCAAAGUGUGGAUAUACAACCAUCACCACAUCAAAACAUCGAAGGCUGUUAUAGUCUUGAUGUGGAUGUGAUGAACGAUGUAUGCAUUGGGGAACAAUGUGGAGAAGCAGCAGCAGCAGCAACAACAACACCACCACCACCACCACCACCACCACCACCACCACCACCACCACCACCACCUACCCAUGCCACUCAAAGCAGGGAUGGAAGAAGAAAGAGGCCUGGUGAUGUGUACAUGAGUGCUGUUGAGGUCAUAGCUAAUAAAAUAUGUGCCAGCCAAGACCGCCAACAAUCCUCGGCAGAGCUGACUAUGGAUAGCUGCAUGAUAUUCAUUGGUAACCUUGCAAAGGAAAUCAAGAGCAAUGAAAUAAGAAUGCAGUUAAUAAGAGACCUUGUUAAUGUAACAACAGAAGCAAGACUUAAAGAUCUGCAGAUACAAAUGCAGAACUCGAGUGACAGUGAAAUUGUGUAAGUUUGUGAUUUUCAUAAUGUACAGAAAAUAAAUGGUAUUUAAAAUUAUUUACUUUAUUCCUUUCUUCCAAGUGCCCUUUAAUUUCCACUAACAUCUUGGCCAACAAUAUCUUUAUUUGUUGUGCAACAUACAGUAAAGA